AUGGGUCUUAACUUGGAGGAGCUCUAUGGCAAAGAUCUAAGUGAAGAACAGCCUCAAGAGUAUUCUCAGUAUCAACCCAAGAAGGGCUAUGGCUGGGCAAACACUCUGCCGGAACGGCAAGGUUUGUACGACCCUGAAUAUGAGAAAGAUGCCUGUGGUGUAGGCUUCGCCGCUCACAUCAAGGGAAAACCAAGCCACAAGAUUGUCAGCGAUGCUCGCAAUCUUCUAUGCAACAUGACUCACAGAGGAGCCGUUGGCUCCGACGCAAGGGACGGUGAUGGUGCUGGUGUCAUGACCAGUAUUCCGCACAAGUUCUUCAUUAAGAAUUUCGCCCGCGAGGUGGGUGUGGAGCUCCCUCCGCUGGGACAAUAUGCAGUCGGCAACUUGUUCUUCAAACCCGACGAGGAAGCACUGAAGGAGUCCAUCAAGAGCUUUGAGGAACUAGCCACAUCUCUGGGCCUGCGCACUCUGGGAUGGCGCGAGGUGCCCCGGGACUCAACCAUCCUCGGCCCCGCCGCUCUCUCACGAGAGCCUAUUGUCAUGCAGCCGUUCGUUGUGCUACAAUCAGCCUACGGCGACGGCAACAAGCCUGAGAUUACAGACACCGAAAAGUUCGACGAGAGAACCUUCGAGCUCCAGCUCUACGUUCUCCGGAAGAGAGCGACUCAUGUCAUUGGCCUCGGCAACUGGUUCUACUUAUGUUCUCUCAGCAACCGAAACAUUGUUUACAAGGGCCAACUUUCUCCCGUUCAGGUGUAUACAUACUACCACGAUUUGGUCAACGUGGACUAUGAGGGUCACUUCGCCCUAGUGCACUCGCGGUUUUCUACCAACACAUUCCCAUCCUGGGACCGCGCUCAGCCUCUGCGGUGGGCUGCUCAUAACGGUGAGAUCAACACAUUGCGAGGAAACAAAAACUGGAUGCGUGCACGCGAGGGUGUGCUGCGGUCCGAGGUGUUCGGCGACGAGCUCGACCAGCUCUACCCCAUCGUCGAGGAUGGCGGUUCCGAUUCCGCUGCAUUUGAUAAUGUUCUUGAACUACUAAUGAUCAACGGUGUUCUGUCUCUUCCCGAGGCGGUGAUGAUUAUGAUUCCAGAGGCCUGGCAAGAUAACCCAGCCAUGGACCCCGCCAAAUCUGCUUUCUAUGAGUGGGCUGCCUGUCAGAUGGAGCCUUGGGAUGGCCCGGCUCUGUUCACUUUCUCCGACGGACGCUACUGCGGUGCCAACCUGGACCGUAACGGUCUCCGUCCCUGUCGUUUCUACGUCAUGGAUGACGACCGCAUCGUCUGUGCUUCCGAGGUCGGUGCCAUCGAUAUUGACCCGGAGAGAGUUGUGCAGAAGGGCCGUCUGCAGCCUGGAAAGAUGCUGCUGGUUGAUACCGUGGCUGGACGCAUCAUCGAUGAUGCUGAGCUGAAGCAGACCGUUUCCCGCCGCCAUGACUUUGCUGGUUGGCUGGACAAAGAGCUUUUGAAGCUCCCCGCUAUUAACGAAAUGCUUCUUAACUCUAAUGUCGACCUUUCCUUUGCCCUGGAUAGCAACACCAUUCAAAAUGACGCUCGCCUCAGGGUAUUCGGAUAUUCUUUCGAGCAGGUCAGUCUGAUCCUUGGCCCUAUGGCUGCGGACUCAAAGGAAGCCCUUGGUUCCAUGGGUAAUGAUGCACCCUUGGCCUGUAUUGCCCAACAGCCUCGUCUGCUUUACGAGUACUUCCGUCAGCUGUUUGCCCAAGUCACCAACCCCCCUAUUGAUCCUAUCAGAGAGGCUGUGGUUAUGUCCCUCGAAUGUUACGUCGGUCCUCAGGGUAACCUGCUAGAAAUGGAAUCGUCGCAAUGUCACCGCCUACUUCUCCCUUCCCCCAUUCUGAGCAUCCCCGAAUUCAAUGCUUUGAAGAAUGUCAAUCUGGCUCAUAAGGAUUGGACCGUAUGCACUAUCGACAUCACGUUCGAAAAGAGCAAGGGCACUGCUGGUUACAUCGACGCACUUGAUUCUAUUUGCGAUGCUGCUACUGGAGCCAUCAAGAACGGCGACAAGGUCAUCAUUUUGUCUGACCGCGCUACAUCUGCCGACCGUGUUCCAGUUUCUGCCCUGCUGGCUACUGGUCUAGUCCACCACCAUCUCGUCCGAAACAAGUGGAGGUCACUUGCUGCCUUGGCGGUUGAAACCGCCGAAGCUCGUGAAGUUCACCACCACUGUGUUCUGUUGGGAUACGGCGCCGAUGCCAUCAACCCUUACCUUGCCAUGGAAUGUAUUCUCAAGAUGAACCGCGAGAACUUGAUCCGCAAGGACACACCCGACGAGAAGGUCAUUCAAAACUACAAGUCAUCCUGCGAUGGUGGUAUCCUCAAGGUCAUGAGUAAGAUGGGUAUCUCUACUCUCCAGUCCUACAAGGGUGCCCAGAUUUUCGAGGCCCUCGGUAUUGAUGACAGCGUCAUCGACCGCUGCUUCGCUGGUACCGCCAGUCGCAUUCGCGGUAUCACCUUCGACUUGAUCGCCCAAGAUGCAUUCGCCUUCCACGAACGCGGAUUCCCCUCGCGUCCAAUUGUCGAAGUCCCCGGUCUACCCGAAUCCGGCGAGUACCACUGGCGUGAUGGAGGCGAUGCCCACAUCAACGACCCAACCAGCAUUGCCAACAUUCAAGACGCCGUCCGCACCAAGAACGACAAGUCCUACGAAGCCUACGCCAAGUCCGCGCACGAGCAGAUCAAGAACUGCACUUUGCGCGGAAUGCUUGACUUCGACUUCGAACAGCGAACUCCCAUCCCCAUCGACCAAGUCGAACCCUGGACCGAGAUCGUCCGCCGCUUCGUGACCGGCGCCAUGUCUUACGGGUCCAUCUCCAUGGAGUCCCACUCCACACUCGCUAUCGCCAUGAACCGUCUCGGCGGUAAGUCCAACACUGGCGAGGGUGGUGAAGAUGCCGAGCGCAGCAAGAGAAUGGAGAACGGCGACACCAUGCGCUCUUCCAUUAAGCAGAUCGCCUCUGGUCGUUUCGGUGUGACUUCUAACUACCUUGCUGACGCCGACGAGCUUCAAAUCAAGAUGGCCCAGGGUGCCAAGCCCGGUGAGGGUGGUGAGCUUCCUGGACACAAGGUUGUUGGCCCGAUUGCUCGUACUCGAUUCUCCACUCCCGGUGUGGGUCUCAUCUCCCCGCCUCCCCACCACGAUAUCUACUCCAUUGAAGAUCUCAAGCAGCUUAUCUACGAUCUGAAGUGCUCGAACCCCCGUGCUCGGGUCUCUGUCAAGCUCGUCUCGGAGGUCGGUGUUGGUAUUGUCGCUUCUGGCGUGGCUAAAGCUAAGGCUGAUCAUAUCUUGAUCUCGAGUCAUGAUGGUGGUACUGGUGCUUCGCGCUGGACUGGUAUCAAGUAUGCCGGUCUUCCUUGGGAGUUGGGUCUUGCGGAGACGCAUCAGACUCUUGUGCUGAAUGAUCUGCGUGGUCGGGUUGUUGUUCAGACUGAUGGACAGAUUCGAACUGGUCGUGACUUGGCCAUUGCUUGUCUCCUUGGUGCUGAGGAGUAUGGUUUCGCGACGACUCCUUUGAUUGCCAUGGGUUGUAUUAUGAUGAGAAAGUGUCACCUGAACACUUGUCCCGUCGGAAUCGCAACUCAAGAUCCUGAGCUGAGGAAGAAGUUCCAGGGCACACCAGAACAUGUGAUCAACUUCUUCUACUACGUAGCCAACGAGAUGCGGGCUAUUAUGGCCAAAUUGGGCGUUCGCUCGGUCAAUGAGAUGGUUGGCCGUGCUGAACUGCUCAAGGUCCGGGACGAUAUUCGAAACGAGAAGCAGGAGCGCAUUGAUCUGUCACUGAUCUUGACCCCUGCCCACUCCCUUCGUCCUGGAGUUGCCACUUACAAUGUCCGCAAGCAGGAUCACCGCCUCCACACUCGCCUGGACAACAAGUUGAUUGCCGAAUCAGAGCUCGCUCUGGAGAAGGGACUUCCCUGCCGAAUCGAGUGUGAUGUUGUCAACACCGAUCGUGCUAUGGGUGCUACUCUCUCAUACCAGAUCAGCAGACGUUAUGGCGAAGCUGGUUUGCCGCAGGACACUAUCCACGCUAACAUUAAGGGCUCUGCUGGUCAGUCAUUUGGUGCCUAUCUUGCCCCUGGUGUGACCCUUGAGCUUGAGGGUGAUGCCAAUGACUACGUUGGCAAGGGUCUUUCUGGUGGCCGUCUGAUCGUUUAUCCCCCGCGUGGAGCCGCCUUCAAGGCCGAAGAGAACGUCAUCGUCGGUAAUACCUGUCUUUACGGUGCCACUCGUGGAGCUUGCUACUUUCGUGGUCUGGCUGCUGAGCGUUUCGCAGUCCGUAACUCUGGUGCUACUGUCGUUGUCGAGGGUGUUGGUGACCAUGGAUGUGAGUACAUGACCGGUGGCCGUGUUCUCGUUCUUGGACCCACUGGCCGCAACUUCGCUGCUGGUAUGUCUGGUGGUAUUGCCUACGUGCUGGACAAGAACCAGGACUUCCACUCCAAGGUCAACCUGGAGAUGGUGGAAGUCUCCGGUAUUGAGGACCCCUCUGAAAUUGCCUUUGUUCGUGGCCUGGUUGAAGAUCACCACCAUUACACUGGAUCUGAGCUAGCCGCUCGCAUACUACUCGACUUCACUCGCGCUCUUCCUCACUUUGUCAAGGUCCUGCCUGUUGACUAUAAGCGCGUCAUGGAGGAAGAAGCUGCUAAGGCGGAGGCAGCGAAGAAGGCCGAAUUCUCUCUUCCUCGUCUUCCUAGUACCCCUGUCAAGGCCGACAAGCCCAAGGUCGAUGAAUCCCACAAGACCGACUUGCUGGACAUCGAAGACAGCAUCAGCGACUCAAAGACUGAGAAGAAGCGGUCGGCUCUGAUUCUGGACAAAACCAGAGGUUUCAUGAAGUACAGCCGCCGCAGUGAGAAGUACCGCAACGCGACCACCCGUACUCGUGACUGGGGUGAGAUUUCCAACCGUCUGAGCGAGGAUGAACUCAAGUACCAGUCUGCUCGUUGCAUGGACUGUGGUGUUCCAUUUUGUCAGUCCGACACCGGUUGUCCUAUCUCCAACAUCAUUCCCAAGUGGAAUGAGCUGGUCUUCCAAAAUCAAUGGCAGGAUGCUCUGAACCGUCUGCUCAUGACCAACAACUUCCCUGAAUUCACCGGUCGUGUCUGUCCUGCGCCUUGCGAGGGAUCUUGCGUCCUGGGUAUCAACGAAGACCCCGUUGGUAUCAAGUCUAUUGAGUGUGCGAUCAUCGACCGUGGAUUUGAAAUGGGCUGGAUGGUGCCUAAUCCUCCCAAGACCCGCUCCGGAAAGACGAUUGCUAUCAUCGGAUCCGGUCCCGCUGGAAUGGCUGCCGCUGACCAGCUCAACCGCGCUGGCCACAGCGUCACCGUCUAUGAGCGUGCUGACCGCAUUGGCGGACUUCUUAUGUAUGGUAUUCCCAACAUGAAGCUAGACAAGAAGGUUGUGCAACGCCGUGUCGACCUCAUGGCUGCCGAAGGUAUCAAGUUCGUCACUGGAACUGCCGUCGGCCCCGACUCUGAGGUCACUCUACAGUCCCUCCGUGCCAGCAAUGACUCUGUCAUCAUUGCCACAGGAGCUACCGUCGCUCGUGAUCUUAAGGUUGCCGGUCGUGAGCUCGAUGGCGUUCACUUCGCCAUGCAGUUCCUACACAAGAACACCAAAUCUCUCCUCGACUCCGGCCUCUCAGACGGCGAAUACAUCUCCGCCAAGGACAAGCACGUCGUUGUCAUUGGCGGCGGUGAUACCGGUAACGACUGCAUUGGUACCUCGGUCCGCCACGGCGCCAAGUCAGUCACCAACUUCGAGCUGCUACCCCAGCCACCCCCAGAGCGAGCCCGCGACAACCCCUGGCCCCAAUGGCCGCGCAUCUACCGUGUCGACUACGGCCACACCGAAGUCAAGACGCACAUGGGCAAAGACCCGCGCGAGUACUGUGUCAUGUCAACCGAGUUCGUCGACGACGGCAACAACCGCGUGAAGGGCAUCAACACCGUUCGCGUUGAGUGGACGAAGAGCGCCACUGGCGGCUGGGACAUGAAGACUGUCGAAGGAAGCGAGCAGUUCUUCCCUGCGGACCUCGUACUCCUCUCCAUGGGAUUCCUUGGACCGGAGGAUCGUCUCCUGGGCGAAGAAAUCGAGCGUGAUUCCCGAAAGAACGUCAAGACUCCCCCUGGCCACUAUUCGACCAACAUCCCUGGCGUUUAUGCGGCGGGUGACUGUCGCCGUGGACAGUCUUUGAUUGUUUGGGGUAUCAACGAAGGACGCCAGUGCGCCCGCGAGGUCGACGCUUUCCUCAGCGGCACCAGCUCUCAACUCCCAGUUACUGGUGGUAUUGUCCGUCGUCCUGCGAUUGACUCCGUCCCCCAGCCUACUGAGGUUGUUGCCUAA